AUGGCAUUUCCUUGUAACACAAAGUGCGACGGUGCCGUUGACCCAGGGUCACUCCAAGUUCAGGAUCAGCCCGGUCCGUUUGUCCGGCUGGGUGUGUGUAAGCGCUUCGGUGUCAGAGGGAGAGCUGCCGCAGCUGCCGCUUGCUGUCCAGCCUUGGAGGGACUGCUCUGCACCCUGCAAAACAAAACACAAGUCUGCUGUGAUGAGUUCACUCGGGUCGUCCAGGGCACUUGGUGUGCUCGCAAUAAUUUGUCUGUUUGGAGUGUCCCAACGGGACAGAAUUGCAGCAAUGGUUGCGAGGGGGAGGCGAUAGGGACGCUCACAACUGAGCAAUCCGGGCAAGAAAUGCUGCUCUGUCCGGGGCGUGCAGGGACCGUGGCUGCACCGCAGGUUCUGGAAGGUGCCCUGGCACUGGCCAUUGCCAGAGUCCCCGCUGAGGAGGGCGGCACAGUGGCCCUGGGGCAGCGCUCCCGGCCCGGCAUCCUGCGCUGCGCUCCGCUCCUGCUGCCGCAUGGCCCCGCUGCUCCCAACCGGACCCACCGCCCCUUCCCUCCUGCUGUCCUCGUCCAGGCUUGGGAGCAGGGGGAAUCCUGGGCCCGGAUCCUGCUGGAGCAGUCUGACAGGGAUGGCAGAGCCCCAUUACAUGGCACAGAGGGUGGCUGGCUUCCAGCUCGUCAGUAUGUGGAUGGACUUGGUCACGGAUCAGGAUCCUGUUAUGCCAAAUGCUGCCAAAUGUGUAUCACAUCCCAUGUUUUUCUCUGCAGAACUUUUCAUCUGAAUACACUGUGUCAAGAGAUAUUCCUUGAGGUAGAGCACACCUGGACUAAAAAGAUGAAACAGCAAGAAUUGCCUUUUUUGUUGGUAAGAGCCAUGGAACUGGAUGAUGGCACUUGGUGUUUGAGGUUUACUCAGCAGUGGAAGAAGGCAGCAGCUGCCCAAAGCCUGGAAUGAAAAAACAAUCAAAGGUCUUGCUUCAGUACAUAACGAUAAUUUCCUGCUGAACUGCUUCUGCUGCACUUUGCCUGUUUCACUUCCCUUCCAAAAGAAGUGACUGCAGAGUAAAUACCGGACCAGAACAGUGUGACUCCCAGCCAGGGUUAAAUCUGACCACAGAGCCUUGUGAUUUGACCCAGCUUCUGAUUUCACCAGCAAUGGCUUCCAGUUUUGAGCUAAAGUGUGUUUGCUGUGAGGAGAGCACCCAAGUUUUCAGCUGUGAAUUCUCAAUAAUAUGCA